CAGACAGUAAAAGACCAAAAUUCUACAACGCUUUUCCUUGAGUGCAUACAGGACAAGUCAAGCUAGCAGAUAUGGACCUAAGAAUUUUACUCGUAUCUUGCCUUGUGGCAUUAGUAUGCGGAAAAUCAAUAGAGGAUAAAGAAAAACGAGAAGCUUAUCCUUGUGGAUAUGGAUGCCCGUCAAUGUGCGCUCCAACUUGCGAACCAACGUGUUGUGCACCCCCUCCACCCCCUCCGCCACCGCCACCACCGCCAUGCCCAGUCCCUGUGCCAAUGCCAGUACCAUGCCCACAGCCAGGACCUCCCGGACAGCCAGGAUGCAUGGGACCUCCUGGCCUUCCCGGAUGCCGUGGAUUUCCCGGUACCCCCGGAUGCAUGGGACCAAUGGGACCAAUGGGCCCUCCCGGACCACCCGGAUGCCCCGGUCUCCCUGCUCCACCUCCACCUCCUUGUCCACCCAUCUGUGUUCAUCACUGUAUGAAGAUCUGUCCUCAACCAUGCUGCGCUCCUCCUCCCCCUGUGUAUAUCCCUCCACCACCACCACCACUCCCUCCCAUGCCAGUUUGUGCCCCAUCGUGCGCGCCUGCCUGCUGUAAAUAAGAAUUAAAAAUAUGCACGAAAAAAUGAUUUAUGGACUUGUCCUGUGGGCAGAACAUCGUUAUUUUGGAUUUGAUUAGGUAAAAAGACUGCUUAUUUUCGUAUUUCAGUCUUUCUAUUGACUUCAAGGCAGAGCGAGACUCGAAAACUACUAGAUUAUUGUUUCUUGUACGAAAACGACAUACCAUGUUAGUUUCCAGUAAAAGUACCGUGUUAUUGUA